AAGAUGCAAUACCAUUUAUAAUAGUUGAAACCAUAAAAGACCUGAAUCGUUCUUACAAAUCCUGUCUUCCAAACAUAACAAUUUAAAAGCAAUGAGAAGCUAGAAGGUCAGCUUCUGCUCAAAUUUACAACAGAGUUAGAGAUUUACCAGGAUCCUUGAUUUCAAACUAAACCUACUUAAUGGACACUUAGUAUCACCUACAAACAAUCACUUAAUGGUAAUUUUACAAGGCUGGAUAAAGCUUCUGCCUUUAACCUGCUGAAGCAUCUAGGAGGAAGGAAGUUUAGGGCCUGAGACACAAGAAGAGUUGUUAUUUUUAUUUUCCCUUAAACACAGACUGAGUCUAAGAGGUGGCUGCUGACCACCUCUUCCAAGUGCACAGAGUUGAUUACAGCUUCUCAACACCUCCUGCCAGCAGAAAAGCCCUAGAGGUUCUGCCUGUAAAGGUACAGAGGAGCAACAUUUCUCACUGAGUAUUCACCUCUGCUCAAAGGCAACAACCAAAAGCUCUUCCCUCCCAACCUGCAGCUCAGAGCUGACACCUUUCAGCAGGACUGAGUCUGGAAGAGCAACAGGCCAUGCAGGGUGCAAAGACUUGAGGUCAGGCCAGAACCAUAAUUGCAAUGUGGAUGCAGCCUAACAGUCUUGAAUCAUGUCCUGUUCUCUAAAAGAAAAAACAUCACCUAGAUAAAGAGUACAGAUGUAUAAGAAAACUGCAGCAAACAGAGCUGACUGAAAAAAAGUAUUUAAACUAGAUGUUACAGGAGACUUUGGAGUAGAGGUUUCCAAAGUGGAGUGCCCAAGACAAUCCCCUGCUGUGUAUGUGCUUUCAGUAUCUAAAGGGGGGCUGCAGAAAGAAGGGGACAGACUCUUUCGCAGUGUCUACUGUGACAGGACAAGGAAAACUAAAAGAGAGGAGAUUUAGACUGGAUAUAAAAAAAAAAUUAAGGGCAGUGAAGCACUGGAGCAGUGAAGCACUGUCCAAAGAUGUGGGGGAGGACCCACCCUAGAGACAGUCAAGGUCAGGGUGGAUCAGCUCUGAGUACCCGAUCCAGCUGUAGGUGUCCCUGCUCACUGCAGGGGAGUUGGAUCAGACCUUUACAAGUUACUUCCAACUCAACCGUUCUUCAGUUCAUAGACUGACGCUCGUAGACUCUAUGAUGAGACAUUCAUUGGCCAAAAUUAAAAUUAAUAACAUUUAAGGGGAUGGGUGCUCAGACUUUUUUUUACUGAUUUUCAACCAAAAGGGUCCAUGAUGAAAAAUGCUGAAAUACAGAGACCAUUCUUCUAGGUCUCAUACAGAAAGUUAGGACAGCGCUCAGCCUGGCAGGCCUGCACUCCAAAAUGACAAGGGCACACUAAAAACAAAGCAGCAUUUUGUUUUCAGUUUGGGUGAAGAGUUUCCCUUUCCUGAUCUGGGUGAGCUGUGGGGUAGCACACUGUGUAGUGGUUUUCCUUCUAAGUGGAUCACUUGUUCCUUGCCAUUUCUGAUGCACACUGAGCUAAUGUUUUAAUCACUCUUGCACCUAUUCCCACACGUUCUCCAACACUGGAAAAGCAUCUUUUUUCACAGGUAUCUCAGCAAAUUCUCUGACAACUCAAAUGCUUUCUCAGAUUCAACUUUACCUUCCACACUGCUACACUUGUGUGUCACUGCCCCAUUUCUUACACACAGUUCUCCACCACUGAACAUGAAAUAACUCUGCAAAGAUUUAUUAUUGCAAGGUAAUUUAUUAUUACCUUCUGUAACUUGAAACCAUCUCUUAUUUCAUCAUCCUCUCCAUUCCAAAUAAUUCCCAUCUUAUCAACUCCAGCAUCACUUAAAUCAUUAUAUAUAUAACAUAAUACAUAUAUUAUAUUAUUACUAUAUAAUCAAUAACACAAUGUUAUUGUACUAAACAUGCCCAUGAAGAAGUUGAGUUGAAUUUCUUAAAAAAAGCAUGACCCCACAAAAAGGGAAUUCCCAUUGGUUGGAUCAGCGCCACUCAUUGCUGGAAAUAUCCCACAUGUGGUGACGUCUGCACAUGGACCUCUGCCAACUUUCACUAUGCAAACAGACUGGCACCUUGAACAUCAGUAUUCCUGCUAAGGAAUAUGUUUGCUAUAUACCGAGUAGCAGGAAUUUCCCCGGUAAAUGCAAAACAUAACAGAAAAAGUAACAAGCAGGAUGAACACAGGAAUGAUUGACAACAAAACCUUCCCAACAAUCAGAGAUUAAAACAGAAAUAACUCAGACGGUGCAGUGGAAAAGACAUUAAUUUUGGUAGGCAGGGAAGCGUAGAAAUAAAACUUAGAAUUCUAAGUCCAUGAAAGCAACAAAAGAAAAACUCCAAAGCACACAAAGUGCAGUUGCCUCAAGAGCACCUGCCCCAGUGCUUUCACAUCCCGCACUUAAGCACAACAGCCUGGCUGCAAGCCAGCCCACAAGCAGGCACACUAACAGCAGAGUAGACUGCCUCUGCCUCCAGUACACCACGUGGUCUCACCUCACCAGACUCAAUAGAAGCCUGAAGGAAAAAAGCAAAUAGAAAGCAAAACUAAAAACGGAAACAAGGGAAUUCUCUCUAGAUAAUGAUGAAAAGAAACAUGCAACUUCUCAUAAAGCUGGCCUCACAGCAACACCCCAAACAUCAUCAUGAAGAUUCACCAGGCUGCUGCCCAGCCCAAGACAAGUCCCACCAAGGCUAUGCCUGCAAAUCCUCAGUCCCCAGGGAUGCGCAGUAUCCUACUGCUCCUGCUCCUUCUGCCAGCUCUCACCACUGCCUUCUCGUGCAACCAUCUUCGCCAGCAGGAUGCCAAUUUCUCUUGGAAGAGCCUCCAGCUCCUUCAGAAUGCGGCUCCACCUCCACCACAGCCUUGCCCACAACAAGAUGUGACUUAUCCAUUUCCAGAAACCCUUCUGGAAAGCAAGGACAAGAAGCAAGCCGCCAUCACCACCCUCCACAUCCUACAACACCUCUUCAACAUACUUAGCAGCCCACACACUCCAACACACUGGAUUGACCACGCACGCCACAGCCUCCUGAACCAGAUCCAGCAUUACAUCCAUCACCUUGAGCAAUGCUUCGUACACAAAGGCAUGCGCUCCCAGAAGCGAGGACCUCGCAACUCUCACCUCAUCAUCAACAAAUACUUCAGAUCCAUUCACAACUUCCUCCAGCUCAACAACUACAGUGCUUGCACCUGGGACCAUGUUCGCCUCCAUGCUCGUGCCUGCUUCCAACACGUGGACACCCUCAUACGACAGAUGAAAAGUUGAGAUCCUCUCACAGCCUUGUCCAAACACCUCAACACCCAGUGACUGUUCUCAGACAACCGCCAUGGCCACCCAGCGAGAGGAAUGAGACGCAGCAAGGGCUUGGGCAGCCCAGCACCAUCUGCUCAGCCUUCCUCCACCCAAAGAUCACAGCAACAGGGAGACAGGCAUGACUGAGCCCAAUCCACCGGCACCACGUCAAGGCCUGAGUUUGGCUAUGGCACAGCCCAUCCUGCCAAACGCCUGGCCCACACCACAGCCUGAACUUGUUUGGAACGGAAGAAGGAAGUCUUUGUGAUGUUGAACACCUGGGAGACAGUGGGGAUAGGAUCACCAUUUAUUUCUCAGGCAGUCCUGCAGACAACCUCCCCUGAUGGAGGGGGAAGGUCUCAGUGGACGUCAUUGGACUUGCACAUGCUGAUGACUUGCUAUUUAUAACAGCACUGUAUUUAUUUGCCUAUUUCUCCCUCAUUCUUUUUUUAUUAUUAUUUAUUUAUAUUUAUUAAUUGGUUCCUUUAUUUAUUCACCUUUUUUCUGGAAAUAAAGACCUGAUAUUUAAAAAAAAAAAGUGUCAUUCUGUACACAUGCAUAGACAAAGGCAGGCUUCCUGCCCAUAGGCAGAGCUUAGCUUCCCAACAGAUCUCGGCUACUGACCAUUAUCAUGGACCACAGGGCUGCAGGAGAGCAGCACAUCACCCUAUCCACAGACCCCAUGCACUUCUCAUAUGGCAACAAAACCCCAGUGGUGCACGCCCAACACAACAUACAUUCAUUUAGGUUAGAAAAAAACCUCUACAAGAUCAUAUACUACCCAACAACCACCAAGUCUACCAUUAAACCAUAGACAUCCAACAUUUUGUCUUACCUGGGCCACACUGAGUGAAGACAAAUUGCCUCAAGCCAGGUAUAACUUAAAUAAUAUACACCGUAUAUAAGCAACAAAACUUGCUUAAAAAUAAUUUUUACUAAAAUGAAAAAAAUGUGCAACAAAACUAGUGGGAUAUCUGACUUUCUUUUGCUGAAACUAAUGCACUAGUCCCAUUCAAUGGAAGUGACUCCAAUACUUACUGAGUUCUCAAAAUGCUUGUUAUAUUUUUAAUGAAAUUUUAUUCAUCUUAUAUUUAAUCCUUAAAAACAGUUCAAUACUGCACAUACUGCAAAAAGCAAUGACAUGAAUAUACUGUGACUAUGAAAUGAAGGAUAAUUCUAUCAGGUAAGACAGGUUUUAUAAAGCUUAAUGCAGAGACACGACGAAACUCUGGAGCAGAAUGUCUGAUUGCAACUCCAUACAUUUCAAUUUUAAAUUACCAGAUAAUGUAUUUAUGACAACUGAAAAUGCAGAUACAACUACACAGAAAAAAUGAAGGCUUUGUUUUUGUUUUGUUUCUUUUUCUUAAUACUUUGUUUCUGUUGCAAUCUUGCAACCUAUUCUCAAAUAUCAGGACAAAAAGAAAGGCAGCGUAUUCUUCACUACUCACUGGAUUAUCUUUAGUGAAAAUAUUGGAAUUUUGUCAUAAUCUGAGUGACACAGCACUGUGCCCUUUCCAUAUUCUGGAUGCACCUGAAGCAUUGAUAACAGCACACAAAAAUUAAACUCUUCCCAAGACUGAGCUCAGGGCUGGGCUGGGCCUCCUGGAGGGAAAGAGCCACUGCCAUGAUGGUGUGCGGCAGGGGGGUGGCUGCAGGGCAGACUGGGUUCCCAUUCUUCCCAACCUUUCCUGCAAAGAAGUUUUUCACACUAUUCAACCUAAAACAUCCACUGGAAUAUUCCGAGACCACAUCCUCCUGCUCUGUCACUUACUGCAUGGGAGAAGACACUGAUCACAACAUCACUAACGUCUCUAUUCAGAUACAAGUAGAAAGUGACAAGGCCGCGCCAGAAGCUUUAAUCCUACAGCCUAAAUAAGCCCAGUAGAUUCAAACAACCUUUUAAAGACAUUUUCGACAGACAAAUCAAAGCCAGGUAAACAUACAAACUUGAGCGUGUACCCAAAAUUACAUGCACUUCCUGAACUAAAGAGAAAAAAAUUGAUGUCAUAACUCAAGCUGAACACUCAACAACAAAGAGCACAGUAAGACAAUCACUACAUCAGUCUGAAAGUUCACAUUAUUUAGAAUAAAGACCUAGGAAGAUCACCGAGCAGAACUGCCAGGAAAACAGGGACCAGCAGGUGAUCCGAGACUGCCCGCACGGCUUCAACAGGGGCACAUCUAUAGUGCUAGUGCCUGACUAUCCCAGUGGCCUCCUGCGAUGGAGCGACUGCAUCGGUGCCCAAAGAGAAGGCAACCGAUGCCAUCCAUAAGGAAUUCCUGCAAGGUUUGCACCUCACCCACGUCGUAAAUUGCAGAGACGGGGGUUCAAAAGGUGCAGCUAUUCGGUGGAUGAGGAAUUGGUUGCAUGCUCGCGGCCCGAGGGCUGCGAUCAAGGCUCUACGCCCAGGUGGAGGCCGGACACAAGUGGUGUCCCCCAAGGUGCGUCUCGGGGCCACUGCUCUUCAACAUCCUUAACAGCAACACAGGUGAUGGGAUCCACUGCACCCUCAGCAAGUUUGCAGGCUUCACGCAUCAAGCUGAGCGCGGCGGCUGAUACGGCAGAAGGAAGGGAUGCCAUCCAAAGGGACUUUGACAAAUUCAAACCCACCUGGGCCCAUGUAAACCCAAGGACAUUCAACAAAGUCAAGUGCAAGGCGCUGUACUUGGGCGGGGACAACGCCUAGAUACGCAGACAGCAUGGGAGAACAACUCCUUGAGGGCAGCCCUGCCAAGAAGGAUGGAGGGGUCCUGGUAGACAAAAAACUUAACAUCAGCUAGCAGUUUGCACCUGCAGCCCCCAAGGCCGACCGCGUACUGGUCUGCAUCAAGAGGAGUGGCCAGCAGGGAGAGGGAGGCGACUGUCCCCCACCCCCGCUCUGCUCUGCCCUCGUGACACCCCAGCUGGAGUAAUGCCUCCAGGUCUGGGGCCCCAGCUCAGGAAAGCUGGCGAGAUUUUGGUGAGAGGCCAGCACAGGGCCACAGGGACAAUCAGAGGGCUGGAGCGCUUCUCCUGCAAAGACAAGCUGACGGAACUGUGCCUGUCCGGUCUGCAGAAGACAAAGCACCAGGGUGACCACGUUGCAGCCUGCCAGUACUUACAGGGACGUUAUAAACAGGAGGAAAAUCAACUUUUCACACGGGUAGAUAGCAAUAGGACACGGCUUUAAAAUAAAAGAGUUUAAGAUCAGAUGCCAGGGGGAGACGGACGUGAGGCACUGGCACACGAUGCCCAGAGGCAUUCUGGAUAUCCCCCAGUACCGGAGGUGUUCCAGGCCAGGCUGCAUGCAGCACUGGGAAGCUUGCUCUACGGCUGGAGUCUUG